AACCUACUUUUUUGUUGUACACAAAUUAAAGUGUGAACAACAUGGAGCCAUGACGUCACUGCCAGUCCACUCCGAAGACCUCCAGCUUCCCGCCAGCCUGACGCGGACCUACACGUCCAAGGUGCACGGCGGGGACAUCCUGCGGGGGCUGAACGCACUCCGCGCCGAGGACAGCCUGUGCGACGUCACGCUGACGGCGGAGAGGAGGAGUUUCCCCGUGCACCGGGUGGUGAUGGCGGCCCUGACGGACUACUUCCGGGCCAUGUUCACAGGACCGCUGAGGGAGAGCAGGGAAAACUGUAUAGAACUGCUGGGGGUGACAGCUGUAGGUCUGCACCAUGUGAUUGAGUAUGCGUACACUGCACAGGUGCGCAUCACACCUGACAACAUACUGGACGUGUUGGAAGCAGCCAACCAUCUACAGGUGAAGUCCCUUAUUGACGUGUGCUGUAACUACCUCCGUGAAGGAUUGGAGCUGAAGAACCAUCGAGCCGUCCUCGCCAUCGCAGACGCGUGCGGUCUCACUCACCUCAGGGUUUCCGUCGAGAGCCACAUCGUCAAAAACUUCCGACUGUUCACAGAAGAGCCGGAGUUCAUGGAGCUGGACUACAUGAAACUCUGCUCCUUCCUGGCCAGGGAUGAUCUGGAGGGCUGUUGGGAGCUGUCUCUGUUUGAUGUGGCGGCACAGUGGCUACUGAACAAGCCAGAACGUCUACAGUAUGCACGACAGGUGAUGGCAUGUAUCAGGUUUCCCCUGAUCAGAGAGGACCUACUGAAGGAGGUGGUGGAGUCUCAGUAUGACUUCAUGAAGAGAAACCCCACCUGUGAACCACUGCUGGAGGAGGCUAGACAGUACCACAGUAACGUCCUGAUGCAGCCAGCCUUGCAGACAGCGCGUACCCGGAUCAGGAACACGAAGGAACACAUGCUGGUGGUGGGCGGGGAGGGCGACUUGGGCGUGAUGGACAGCGUUUUCGAGGUAGUUAUGGAAGCCAGGGUUAAUCGUUGGGACCGUCCAACAUUACCCAAGGCUAUGGCAUACCACAGGGUUGCAUCACUAGACAACUUUGCUUACGUUGUGGGUGGACAAAAUGCGGUUAACCACCCGGUCGAUCUCGGACGUUCGGGAAUCAGCGAUGUUUUCCGGUUCGACCCCAGGAGAAACGAUUGGACGCAGGUGACGUCGUUGACAGAACUCCGUACAGAUUUUGCCCUUGUGGAAGCCCAAGGAUGUCUGUACGCAAUUGGAGGUCGAAAUCAGACCGAGAACUGCCUGUCAUCUGUUGAACGUUACGACCCCAAACAGAACCUAUGGUCGAGGGUCGCGGACUUACCCGAGGCACUCCACGGCCACGCAGGAUGUAAACUUGGGGGGAACAUCUACAUCUCAGGAGGGUUCUCUCUACAGCUUAUGAUGAGAAUAAGCACAGUCUAUAGGUAUGACAUUGACGGAAACUCUUGGCACGAGGAAUCCGGCAUGGUAACCAGGAGGGCGUGGCACAACAUGGCGGCAGUUGGGAACAAAAUGUUCGUCCUGGGUGGGAAUGAGAAGAACGCAAAUGGAGAAGAGAUAGACCUGAAGCUAGUGGAGUGUUACAACCCUUCCACACGACAGUGGACUGUGAUGGCCAACAUGCCUGUUCCGCAGAGUGAAAGUUCAUGUCUCGUGCUGGAUGAGAAAAUCUACGUGUUAGGCGGAUACCGGUGGGACACUCAGCAGUUCCUGUCAGUCAUCAGCCAGUUUGACCCUGCCAAGAACGAGUGGUGCAUCUGUAACCACGGCCUGCCCGAGCCGCUGUCAGGAGUCGGCUGCUGUACCAUGGUGUUCGAAAAACGCUGGUGGCAGGAGAACCAGGAGAACUCCGACUAAAUACAGCCACACAAGUUCUCUCCUAGUAUAAAGUUAAAACUUUUGAUCCAACACAACAACUCACCUAGAGCAAGGACGCUGUUGUAGAAUGUCCUAGCCUAGAUCUUUCGACCAGUCACUCUGGUCUUCCUCAGUAGACUGACCCAGUGAAGCUUAUCACGUGGCUUCUUUGAACUGUGACACUGGGUCAAAGGUAUCUGGUAGACGAUGUCGCCCCCAUCGCGGUUGAAUAAAGGGUCAUGGGACCUGAUGUUCUCUUGGUUGUUGGCCAUUUUAACCUCCUUCCUGCUGACUGUCCUAAUUGGCAACAGUCCAACUUGGUGAUCCUGUACAUACUUUUCCUGCCCUUGUUGGUAGGGAUAGCCAUUUGCAAUAAUAUUGGUAGGGUGGGUGUAUGAAUGCUAUAGCUACAACUAAUUUUGUAGUAGGCUAAAUGCUCUGUUUCAUACUGGUGCAGCAUUGCAUGGGGUGGAGGAGAGAUACGGAAAAAAGUUGGCACCUUGCUGAUGCAACAAUUAGAACUCAUGUACUGUAACUCCAAUGCAAUGUAACAUUAAACUGCAAUAAGCCGUAACAAGGCUAGAGAUGCUGCUAUGCUCUACAAGUGUAUAAAUAGUAUAUUUUCAACUCAAUAAAGGUGAAUCUAAGGUCACAAUAAUAAAAAAUAAAUCUUUCA